AUGUCUUCAACGCAGUCACAAAUCAGCAUCGAAUCUCAAAAGUUCCCUGGGUCAUACCUCCGAAUUGACGGAAGUGCGGUUACCGCAUGGGGCGUUAACGGUGGAGGAACAGUCAACGCCCAGAACUAUGUUGGAGCAUGGGAAAAAUUCAUGAUUGUGAAGGACCCUACGUCCGACGCAUUCGCAAUUCGCUCCUCCCAAUUCCAAAGUGUUUAUCUACGCCUGGAUGGCCAAGGAGUCACUCCUGGAAAGACAUACCUAAAUGGUGCAGGCUCGGUGAAUUGCCAGUAUGGUAAUGAUCAGUGGGAGAAAUUCCGCUUUGAACCACAGUCUGACGGGUCAAAGGCUAUUGCUUCCGUGCAGUUUCCUGGCGUCUACCUUCGUUUGGACAAUUCCACUGGCGGCGGUGGGGUUUCUGGGUCUGGGACCGUUAAUUGUCAGAACUAUAUUGGUGCCUAUGAGAAGUUCUUGAUCCAUGAGAUCUAG